AGUAUUGCAAUUUUCAUUGGGCUAAGUCCCUGGGGUUAAUGACUAAUAAAAAGUACAGGAACUAGUAGUCAAAUAUGGGCAUGGGAUGGACUAGUGCACUAGCAAAAUUAGUCAUCGAGUCACCCUUCUGUGGACGGGUACUUGGUGUAUAAAAACGACAAGAAUUCACGAUAUCCAAGGCAUUUGUUGUAUUGCUCCCGGAGACCGAUUUUGCAGUGGUUUUUUUGCGGGUCGAGAGCGGACAACUAUAAAAGAGGAUGAAGUUCCUCGCUUCUCUGUUUGUGAUUGCGGUCACUUUGGCAUCAGUUGCGCAGUCAGCUCCGGCCAGAAGAUGCAAGAGCCUAUACCGUCGGUGUAAGGACAACCUGGAUUACGAGGGCAGGGUGUGCGGCAGGGACGGUGUCACAUACCAGGAUGCCUGCAAGAUCGUGCUGAAAAACUGCGAGCAAGGCUCCGAGAUCACUGUGGCCAAUCGGGGGAGAUGCAGGGCUGUCACCAGGCCUCAAGAUCCAGCUCCUAUCCAGAGCGACUGCCCGCGACAUUGUAGAAACGUCCGUCGUAAACCAGUCUGCGCCUCCGACGGCAAGAAGUACGGCUCGGAAUGCAUAGUCAAGCUGAAGAGCUGCAAGAUUUCAAGGUUGUCCGGACUGACCGUUGUAUCCUCCUGGCCCUGCAGCAGGUUCGGAGGUCCAGUGAAUCAGGCGACAGGGGGAACCGAGGAUGAAAGCAACGAGAUGGACGGGGACGCCGGGAACCAGCAGGGUGGAGGGGCCAAUCCCCAACAGACCGGCCAGGACACACCCUUUUUCGGGUUCAACAACCAGGGGGACACAGAGGGCAACGAACAAGACGGAGAGGCUGGGGAUCAGCAAGACGGUGAAGCUGCCGAACAGGAAGCAGAAAAUGCAGAUGGGCAAGACGGUGAAGCUGCUGAACAGACGGGCCAGGACACCCCCUUCUUCGGGUUCAACAACCAGGGGGACACAGAGGGCAACGAACAAGACGGUGAAGCUGCCGAACAGGAAGCCGAAAAUGCAGAUGGGCAAGACGGUGAAGCUGCCGAACAGGAAGCCGAAAAUGAAGAUGGGCAAGACGGUGAAGCUGCCGAACAAGAAGCAGAAAAUGAAGAUGGGCAAGACGGUGAAGCUGCCGAACAGGAAGCAGAAAAUGAAGAUGGGCAAGACGGUGAAGCUGCCGAACAGGAAGCAGAAAAUGAAGAUGGGCAAGACGGUGAAGCUGCCGAACAAGAAGGAGAGGGUACCCAAGGUGGAAAUCAAGGUGCGGGUGGCCCCCUCCUUCUGCAAGCUCCCGGAGCGCCGGCUGAGCAGUUCUUUCCGGACAUCCCAGGUUCAAGCGUAGGCGGCGAUGGCGGUGGCGGGAACGCACCAUCAGCAGGCCCAGACGGCGACUCAUCCGAGAGCGCUGAGGAGCCAGAGCCUUCCGAGUCCGAGUCUGAGCCCCCCGAGUCCUCCGAACCGCCAGAAUCUGAGUCUGAAGCCGAGUCUUCCCCCGCGGUUCAGGAGGGGUCUGAAAGUGAAGGCGCAGAAAGCGAGGGGGAAUCGGAAAGCGAGGGGGAAUCGGAAAGCGAGGGGGAAUCGGAGAGUGAGGGUUCGGAAAGUGAAAAUGAGAGUAGUCCAGCGGCACAGGGGGCAUCGGAAAGCGAGAAUGAAAGCGAAAGCGAAAACGAAAGCGAAGGUAGUCCCGCUGCACAGGAGGCACCCGAGUCCGAGAGUGAGUCGGAGUCUGAGUCCGAAAACGAACCCGCUGACCAGCAGGAAUCGUCAUAUUCCGAGUCUGAACCCGAAUCUGAAGAAGAAGACGACUGAGUGUCGACUGACUCUUAGUACCAAGGCCUUAAUAGGAACACAAUUGGUUUCGAUUGGAUUAACACACGCCCUCAUAUUAUGAUAUGGGUAUGUCAUAAUUCCCUCUUCAGUACAAUACUCAGAAUAAUGACAUACUGUGACAACAUUCAAAUUUAUGGUUCACCUUUAUAACGGAAAUUGAGUACAAACAGGACAUCAGUCUGACUGAUCAGAAAUUGAAAAACGGAUAGUUUCUUUAACCCAUGCCCUCUAACGUGUGUUCUGAAGACAUUGCUUCGUUUAUUGUUGUAAACUGCUUAUUUUAAUCAUGUGUAUAAAUGAUGAAUCUUGUUAGCCUCGGCGUAUUACCUAACGAAAAUUUGCAAAGAAAAAGGCCCAGUGCUUAAAAAAAAGGAAUAUGCCUUUUUGUGGGAGCUGAGCUCCAACAUUAGCAACAAAUUAAAGACACAAUUUUAAGUGCUUUGUCUCUAUUUUGAUUAUCAAAUGCUGCCGUUAAUUUUGUGAGUAUAGUCUAUGGGCAUUUCGUCGCCCAUUUUGCGUAGUGAAACAUUUUUACUCAUUUUAGAUAUAAAUCUUAAAUUGCGACUGCAGUGGGUAAGGGGUGAAGGCCCCAUGCGUAGUAGAACAAUGGUGUCUUGUGUGUUCGACAAAACCCUUCUCAUAGUAAUAUUAUUUUAGUAUUUUUAUGUGUAUUUCAUUAUUUUAUUUUUUUGAGAGAUCUGCAUUGCAUUUAUUGCCAUGCCUUUUCAAAUUUGCUCUGUUCAACUUUACACGCAUGCACGCACCCAUCUUUGUAAACACCGGCAAGCGUGGACCCUCUAUUGUCUCUAAUCCUCAUUUCUUUGUUUGUACUCUUUUAGCAACAGCUCUCGUUGGUUUUGUACAUCACGAAUUUCAAUCAUGGACUAUCGGUCAAUCAUGGACGUAUUGUUUGUG